AUGAAUUAAGAUGUUAAUAAUAUUGCAUAUGGUUAAGGUUAUUUAAUCAAUAGCAAAAAUGAUUAAUUGAUCCAAAUUAAUAAAACAUAUGAUUCCUUUGUUCAAUAUGAAUAAGCAAGAACCGAAACACAAAAGAGAACAUAAAUUUUAGAUCCAACUAUUUGCAGACUAGUUAAAUUUACUACUAGCGAAUAAAAAUCUUUUUGUGGUUAACUAUUUGGAAUAUCAUUGCAAUAUUAAUAUAAUGCGAAAUGCGUUGGAGAAAUAAAGAAGCUUAGCCAGUUUGAUUGUCUAUCUAUAAUUAAAGAUGUCACAUAAGCAUUGUUGUUAUUCAUAUCAAAACGAAUAAGACAUGGUCAAUUAAGUCCUUAAACAAUAUUGGUAACAUAAAAUAAUAGAUACUAAUUAACAGACAUUCGAUUUAUAACUGACAUGUAUGAAUACAAGAUGCAGUUAAUUGGAUUUACAAAUUAAUGUUAUAUGGCUCCUAUUCUAGUUUAUGAGCUAGGAAAGAGAACAAUGAAUCCAAUCUAUAAUUAUGAGAAAUCAGAAGUAUCAAAUUUCAUUAUUAAGGUUUUUUCAUUAGGUUUGGUUAUCCUUGAAUUAGCAUUAUAAUAAUCUGUCUAAUCUAUAUAUGAUUUAUCUAAAUUUACAGUUUCAUAAGAUGUAAUCAAUACAUAUCUGAGAGUAUUGUCACAAUAGUAUUAACCUUCAUUCGUUGAUUUAUUAGGUAAGAUGUUAUAAGUAGAUGAGGAAAAACGAAUUGAUUUAUAUUAAUUAGAAAAAAUAUUGGUUCAAAAACAAAAUUUAAAUAUAACUUCUACUAAUUCAGUAGGCAAUCACACUUAAACUGAUAAUAAAUUUGUAAUGAAUAGUACUUCCUUGAAUAAUAAAUAUCAAACUUAAAGUCCUUCUCCAUCUUAGGGCUAUAUCAAUAAAUAACAUACAUAACAUAUUUAAAACUCAUAUAAUACAAAUAAUUACAGUACUACACAUUUAGAGAGAAAUUAACAAGAGUAAAAAACACCUUAAACUUAAAUGACUUUCUUUGUACCAUAGAGAUAGUAAAACAAUACUUAAUCAAAUUAUCAUUCUAAAGCCCCUACACAAAUGAAUUCAACUUAGAUUUAUGAGAGAUCAAGAAAGUAAAGUCCUGAAACUGCAGAUUCAUAUCGGUUUAGUGAUAAUAGAAGAAUAAAAACUGAAUAUGACUAUCAAAUUUCCAAUAAUAUUCAUUAGCAUAGCUCAAGUAGUUUUAUAUCUCCUGAAAGAAAAUAAGAUAGUCAAUUAGAUUAAUUAUUUGAUUAAUUUGGAGAAAAGUUAUAAAAAGUCAAAUAAAAAAUUCAUCAUUUAAGAAUAAAUACACCUACUUCUUAAAGUUAAUCAUAAUUUAAUUAAUCGUAUCACUCAUAAUUUGUGGAAUCAGUAGAUGAAUUUCCUACAUUUAAACCAGAUUCUUUACCAGAUAAAAUUGAUGUAUGCAUGGAUCAAGGAUAAUUUUAAAGGGAAUUUUAAAAUUUAUAUUCUAAGAAUUAUGAUUUUAAAGUAUUGGAAAAACCUAUUUAUUAUCCAAAUUCAUAUUAUGAUGAUAUGAAGGGAGAUGCAACUUUACCAACUUCAGGAACUAUACAUAUGCAUAGUAGUGGACCAGCCACAUUAAGUGAUUUUUUUUUGAGAAAAAAAUGA